GGCUUAAUUAAUUUUUCCACAACUUAACUAUUUUUCCGCGAUUAAGCGAUGGUUACCAAUCAGAGCCUGUGUUUGUAAAGCUCUAUUUAAUUCUUGAGUGAUGCAGAGAUAAUAAUUCACUUACAGAUUAUUUUGGGAAUAAUUGGUUAGACCGCAACUGUAGAAAAUUUAAUUUAGAAUUUAGUUUGUAGGAUUUUUUAUUUAGCGUUAAAGGAUGUAGUUUUAAAAUUUUUUACAGCUAAAAAGAUGAGAUUUUAGAAAAUAAAUUUUUUACAGUCAUUUUUUUUUGUUUUUUUUGCUGUAACUUUAUUUUUUUUUUGUAGCUUUAAAAACUAAUAUAACGCAUGAUUGAUAAUUUUUAAUACUGUAGAUGAAAAUUGAAGCUAAAGUCACCUUUUACCGUUCAACUAAUCACCCCUUUAUCUUUUUUCUUUUUGGGAUUUGCUUGUUUUAAAGUUUCCUUUUUAGUUUCUGAUUUGUACUUAAAAAUGGGGCUUGUAAAUUAGGGGCGAAGUUAAUUAAAGAGGAAAGUUUGUCAAAUCUAUCCAAUAACAAUACAUUUCCGUUUUCAACAAUACAUACAUUGAAAACCUUUUUUAUGUCAAAUUGGGAGUAGUGACCAGAUUCCAGAGUAUAUAUUAUCAAAACUCAAAAGUAAAGUAGUGGUAUUAAAUGUUGUUACUAUUACAAGAAUAAAAGGUCAAACCGUUAAAACAAACAAAAAUAAAUAUACAAAGAGAAACCAUAAACUCCGACGGCCGCAAGUAUCGCAACUUUCUCUCUCUAAAAAACCCAAAUCCAACGUCUCCGUUUCUCUCUCUCUUCAAACGCGUCUUCUUCUUCAUCGUCUCUCUCUCUCUCUCUCUAUAUUAAUCCUUUUCUCCUCCUCUCUUCACCUUCAUUGAUCUGAAAUCGAAUGAUGGAUUCUCAUUCUAAACCAAGUUUGUAAAAGAUUCAAAGAAAAAAGGAACCUCCUUUCUCAUCCAUCCCUCGAUUUUUUCAUCAGAUUAAUGUUGUUGACAUCUGCAUCCUGCGUCUGUGGAGUUGGAAUCGACAAGAAGAUUGCGUCUGAUAAUAUAGUCAUAAGCACCGAUUUAAUGAACGAUUUGGUAGCUGGUUCUUUUGGUUAGAGAGGCAUGUGAGUUAUGGUAUCUACAACAUUCAGGAGAAUUGUGACGCCUUGUUGGAGACCUUUCGGUGUUGGAGAAGGUUCUGUUCCGGAUGAUGAUGGUAACGGCCGUCUUGAUGGUCUCUUGUGGUAUAAAGACUCCGGUAACCACCUCACCGGAGAGUUUUCAAUGGCGGUGGUUCAAGCGAACGCCCUUCUCGAGGACCAUAGCCAGUUAGAGUCCGGUCCUGUUAGUUUUGAUGAGUCUGGUCCCGAAGCGACUUUUGUUGGUGUUUAUGAUGGUCACGGAGGUCCUGAGGCGGCUCGGUUUGUGAACGAGAGGUUGUUUUACAACAUGAGACGGUGCGCUUCUGAGCAGCGUGGGGUCUCUCCCGAUGUGAUCACCAGAGCGUUUGUGGCGACGGAAGAGGAGUUUCUUGGUUUGGUUCAGGAGCAGUGGAGGACCAGACCGCAGCUUGCUUCCGUGGGAGCUUGUUGCUUGGUGGGUGUUGUUUGUAAUGGAUUGCUGUAUGUCGCAAACGCGGGAGACUCUCGUGUUGUCUUGGGGAGGCUUCAGAGUCCGUUUAAAGAGAUGAAGGCUGUUCAGCUAUCCUCAGAGCAUAACGCUAGUGUUGAGUCUGUGAGAGAUGAGCUGCGUUUGUUGCAUCCUAAUGACCCGAACAUUGUGGUAUUGAAACACAAAGUGUGGCGUGUGAAAGGGAUCAUACAGGUUUCGAGAUCCAUAGGCGACGCGUACUUGAAGAGAGCAGAGUUUAACCAAGAACCGUUGUUGCCUAAGUUCAGAGUUGCGGAACGUUUUGAGAAGCCUAUAAUGAGAGCUGAGCCGACGAUAACAGUUCAUAAGAUUCACCCUGAAGAUCAGUUUCUUAUAUUUGCUUCAGAUGGUUUGUGGGAGCAUCUAAGUAACCAAGAAGCUGUUGAUAUCGUUAACUCUUGUCCACGCAAUGGUGUGGCAAGGAGGUUAGUGAAAGCUGCAUUGCAAGUAGCAGCAAAGAAGAGAGAGAUGAGGUAUUCGGAUUUGGAGAAGAUAGAACCUGGCAUUAGGAGACACUUUCAUGAUGAUAUCACUGUGAUUGUUGUUUUUCUUCACUCUGCAAAUUUGGGGAUUCGAACUCCGGUCUCGGUCAGAGGAGGUGGUGAACUCUCAGGCAAUGCCAUUUUCUAGUCUUUUUUUUGUUACUCAAUAAUAGACAAAAAUAUAAUUUUCCCCCUUUUUCAAAUCAGAAAUUUGAUUUUGUUUGCUUCUUUCUUUACAAUAUGUUUUUUUAGUGAUCUUUUGGUUUGGCAGAUACUUUGUUUAAAUUAUUUUCUGAACUCAAAUUGUAAAUUUUAUUUCUUUUUUACCAAAACAUUAUGGUAACUAUGUUCAGUUAUACUAAAAGUGAGAACAAAAUCA